UGCAUGGAAUCCAUAUGCGCGCGGUUCGCGCCUGCGCUGUAUUUCCUUUUCUUAUUUUGAAAAUCACAAUUAGCAUAUUUGACUGUGAACGACAAUCUGAAGACCAUUAGCUUCAGUGACAUCGAACUUUUGAGACCGAUGCGUCGGACAGAGAGCUGGGGGCAGUUUUGUCCCAGGAGGUGGAGGGGGAGGACCGCCCCGUCCUCUACAUCAGUAGGAAGCUGUCAGUGCGUGAGGGGCACUACAGCACCAUUGAGAGGGAGUGUCUGGCGAUCAAGUGGGCGGUCCUCGCCCUCUGUUACUACCUGCUGGGGCGCCCUUUCACCCUCUGUUCGGACCACGCGCCCCUCCAGUGGCUCCACCGCAUGAAAGAUGCCAAUGCGCGGAUCACCCGUUGAUGACUGAGGCCAUGGGGAAAAUAAAAGGACUGCUGCCUUUCUUUCUUUUAGCAUCAGGUUUCCUUGUAAGCAGGGCACAGGAAACAGUAUGCACACAGGAAGCAUUAGCUGAUAUCGUCUUCCUGGUGGAUGGGUCUUGGAGUAUUGGCACAGAAAAUUUCCAAAAGAUCCGUGACUUCCUCCUCACUUUGGUGAACAGUUUUGAUGUGAGUCCUGACAAGGUUCAAAUUGGCCUAGUGCAGUACAGCUCUACACCCCACUCUGAAUUCUACCUUAACAGCUUCAAAACCAAGCAGAAAAUUCUUGACUACAUCACAAAUCUCCGAUAUCGAGGAGGUGGCACCAAGACUGGAUUAGGGUUAAACUUCUUGCUGAAGCAGCACUUUGUGAAAGAAGCAGGAAAUCGCGCUAAAGAUGGGGUGCCUCAAAUUGCUGUGGUUAUCACAGAUGGACAGUCACAGGAUGAUGUGGAGCCACAUGCACAGGACCUGAAGCACCAGGGAAUCAUACUUUAUGCCAUUGGUAUUAAAGAUGCCGAUAUGGAGCAGCUGAAGGAAAUUGCCACUAAGCCGCAUGACCAGCACAUCUACAGUGUGUCUGAUUUCACAGCUUUGCAAGGAAUCUCCCAAGGUUUUGUGCAAGUGCUUUGUACAACAGUGGAGGAAGCUACACGUCAAGUGUCUCAGGUGCUACAAGGGUGCAAGGCUCAUUUGGCUGACAUUGUGUUCCUUCUGGAUAGCUCUAGUAGUAUUGGUGAUGCCAACUUCCAGAGGGUGAAGCAGUUUCUGCACACAUUCAUCAUGGGUCUUGAUGUCAAGCCUGAUAAAGUCAGAGUAGGAGUCGCACAAUUUAGUCAUGAGCCUCAACAGGAGUUCCUGUUGGGAGAGUAUAAAGACAAGAAUGAGCUGCUGGACGAAGUAGACAAACUCACAUACCUUACAGGAGGCACUGAAACAGGAAAAGCUCUCCGCUUUAUCCAAAAUAAUUACUUCACAGAAUCAGCUGGCAGUCGGAUCAGUCAGAAUGUGCCUCAGAUUGCUGUGGUGAUCACAGAUGGUGACUCAGCUGAUGAAAUGAAGAUUCCAGCCAUGGACCUACGGAGAAAGGGGGUGUUAAUCUUCACCAUUGGGGUUGGUGCAGCCAACAUUACGGAAUUGCAGUCCAUUGCUAACAAACCACAUCAGCGUUUUGUACUGAGUUUCACUGACUACGAGGAGCUGCUGAAAGCAACCACCAGCACAAUAGACCAAGUGUGUAUUUCUAUGGAGGCCCAGCAGGAAGCUCUAGCUCCAGAGUUUGCAGAUGUGUUUGUGUUGGUUGACAGCUCAGUUGAACCAGCCCAAAAAGUGAUCCAGUUCCUCAGUGGCCUUGUCAGUCAACUUAAAGUGGCAAGCACAUCUAAUCGGAUGGCUUUGGCUCAGUUUGGUGAAGAUGUUUCAGUGGAAUUUCUUUUUAAUGCUUACAAAACUAAAAAUGAAGCAAUUGCACUCGUCCGCAAAUUACGACUCAAAGGCACCGGGCAAUGCAAGCUUGGAAAGGCAAUGGAUUAUGUGCGCACUCACCUCCUCACCAGUGCAGCAGGCAGCCGAAUUGCUCAGGGCUACAAGCAAUAUCUGCUGGUAAUAAGCAAACGAGAAUCGGAUGACAAUAUACAUAGAGCAGUUCGUGCAUUGAAGGAUGAGGGAGUGACUCUUGUCAAUGUUGACUUCAGCAAAGAGGAACUUGCUGAACCUGGAAUACUUCAGCCACGUACCUCUCCUGGACAGAGAGUACAUAGCUCACAGGGUGUUCAUUUUGUCGAUGCUGCAGAAAGAAAAUUAACCCACGAAAUAGCGCAAGAUGUGAUGACUAUCUUUGAAACUAAGGAAACGGUCGAAGUAACUGGAGACUGCAAGGCAGCUCCUGUGGCCGAUAUAGUGUUUAUUGUGGAUGUGUCAGACAGCAUUACUGUUUCAAACUUCAAACUGGUCCGUGACUUUCUCCACCGCAUGAUCAAUGGCCUGGAGAUAAUGCCUGACAGUGUGCGGGUGGGGAUGGUGUUGUACGGUGACACACCCACAGUUGACUUCUACCUGAACACUUUUGAUGACAAAGAAGACAUCCUGCAGUACAUUAAACUUUUGCCCUUUAAGGGUGGGGAAUCCAAAACUAGCAAGGCCCUGAAGCUUGCCAGAGAGAAAGUCUUCAUCAAGGAGAUGGGCAGCCGGCAUGCCUUAGGAGUGCAGCAGAUUGCUGUGGUCAUAACAGAGGGGGGCUCCUUGGAUAAUGUCACAGUUCAGGCUACGGAGCUAAGGCGCAGUGGGGUUCAGGUUUAUGCCUUGGGAGUCACAAAAGAUAAUGUGAAACAGCUGAAAGAGAUUGCAUCUUAUCCUUCCAAAAGGUUUGUGUUUAGCGUGGAGAGCUUUGCUAAGCUUAAUACAAUGGAAAAAAUACUAAGGAAGACUCUGUGUAACAAUGUGGUCCGUUCAACGGUUGACAAGUCCAUUAGAUACACGUUAAAGCAAGGAUGUAUCCAGACAGAAGAAGCAGACAUCUAUUUCCUCAUUGACCAUUCGGGGAGCAUUUAUCCAUCAGACUUUCAGGACAUGAAAAAGUUCAUUCUUGAGUUUCUGCUCAUGUUUACCAUUGGACCAACACAGGUCCGGGUGGGUGUGGUGAAAUUUGCAAGUGAACCCACACUAGAGUUUAAAUUGAAUGAGUAUAAUGACAGAGCCUCUCUUGAAAGAGCUGUGGACAGCAUUCUGCAGAUAGGUGGAGGGACAGAGACAGGACGGGCUCUGUCUUUCAUGCCCAAACUUUUUAAGGAGGCUGUAGACACUCGUGGCACAAAGGUUCAAGAGAUUCUCAUUGUCAUUACUGAUGGAAAGUCCCAGGAUGAAGUGAAAGAGCCAGCAGCAGAGCUGAGAGCACAGGGGGUGACCAUCUAUGCCAUUGGAGUCAAAGACGCAAAUGAACAGGAGCUCCUUGAGAUAGCAAAUGACCAAAAGAAGAUGUAUUUUGUCACCAACUACGAUGCACUGAAACCACUCAAGAAUGAAAUUGUUACUGACAUUUGCUCAGAUAAGGCCUGCAAGAACAUGUUGGCAGAUGUUAUCUUUUUGGUUGAUGGUUCAUGGAGCAUUGACCCUGAGGACUUCUCAAAGAUGAAGAAAUUUAUGAAUACCAUAAUUUCCAAGUCUAUAAUUGGCAAGGAUAGUGUACAAGUCGGAGUAGUGCAGUUCAGCUCACACUCAAAGGCUGAAUUUGCCCUCAACACAUUUUCUGACAAACGUGAAAUGCAGCAGGCCGUUAAUGAUAUGCAGCAGCUGGGCGGUGGCACUAUGACUGGGUCUGCGCUUCAAUUUGUGACAAAGUACUUUAAUCCACCAGAAGGGGGUCGUCCCAGCACUCCACAGUUCCUCAUUGUGAUCACAGAUGGUGAAUCUCAGGAAGCUGUUGCUCAGCCUGCAAAACUCCUCAGAGAGAAGGGAAUUAUAAUAUACGCUAUAGGAGUACUUAAUGCUAACAGCGCACAACUAAGAGAGAUCAGCGGAACUCAGGACAAUGUUUAUAUUGAAAGAGAUUUUGACUCAUUGGGCUUCCUCGAUAAAGAUCUCUUGCUUAAGAUCUGUACUUCUGUUGAUGAUUGCCAGAAAUCACAGGUAGCAGAUGUUGUCUUCUUAGUGGAUGAUUCCAGCAGCAUUACUUCUGAUGGCUUUAAAAGUAUGAAGUUCUUCAUGAACUCGGUGGUGAAUGCCACACAGGUUGGAAAAGACAGUGUCCGUUUUUGUACUAUUCUUUACUCUGACACACCUGAGACCAAAUUUCCCCUUAAUCAAUACUAUAGUAAACGAGAAGUGCGGGAUGCUAUCAGUCGUCUAAAACAUUACGGUGGAAACACAUACACAUCCAAGGCACUACAUUACUCACUGGACUACUUUAAUGAAGAUAAUGGUGGGAGAGGUGCAAAAGGUGUCCCACAGAUGCUGUUUGUCAUCACAGAUGGUGAGGCCACAGAUACAUAUGAUUUACCCGAAGCUGCUGAUAAGCUUCACAAAUCUGGAAUUAGUGUUUAUGGCAUUGGAGUGGCCAAUGCAAAAACAAGUGAGCUAGAAACAAUAACCAAAGACAUAACCAAGGUUUACCAGGUUGGUGACUUUGAAGCUUUGAAGGCCCUGCAACAAAACAUUUCCAGUGUGAUCUGCAACAACACAAAACCAGAGUGUCAGAAAGAUGCAGCUGAUUUGGUCAUUCUGAUCGAUGGAUCUGAAAGUAUAAAAGAGGUGCCUUGGAAGACCAUGAUAAAUUUUAUGCUUAGUCUCAUUGACAAUCUUCGCAUCGGACAAGACCUCUUUCAAGUUGGUGUAGCCCAGUUUAGUACAGACUACAGAAAAGAAUUUUACUUGAAUGAUUAUAAUAAUGAAAUGGAUGUGAAGCAUGCCAUUCAGGCCAUCUCACAAAUGAAAGAAGGAACACUCAUUGGAAAGGCUCUGAAUCGAGUGCAAGAGUUCUUCCAUCCCAGUAAAGGGAGCCGCAUUCAGGCUGGAAUUUCACAGAACCUGCUGUUGAUCACUGAUGGGGAGUCACAUGAUGAUGUCAGUGAUGCAGCUGAUAAAUUGAGGUCCAAGGGCAUUGAGAUGUUUGUGAUUGGAAUAGGUGACAUAUCAGUCUCACAGCUCAAAUACAUUGCUGGGUCACCUGACAGGGUGUUUUUUGUGAACAAUUUUGACCACCUCAAAUUAAAUAGAACAACACAGCAGGUGAUCGAUAGCAUUUGCACUCCACCCCAAAAGCAAGAAAAGGGUUGCACUGUAGACAUUGGUAUUGGAUUUGAUAUCUCCCAUGGUAGUUCACAGUCACUCUUGAGUAGCCAAUAUAAACUGCAAGCCUACCUGCCUGAGAUUAUCAAAUACAUCUCCACUCUGCACAACUUGUGCUGUCUACCCCAGCAGUCUGCUCUGCAAACCAACAUUGGUUUCCAUUUGGUUGCUAGUGAUGGCAAGAUAUUGUAUGACACUAAUUUUGAGCGCUACAGCGAAGUCACAGUGAAGAAAGUCAUGGGAUAUAAUAAGACUCACAAUCUGGCUUUUAACACCCAGCUCUUGCGCUCUUUUCAGAAUAAAUUUGCAGCCUCCAGAGCUGGUGUAAAAGUAGUCAUCAUUUUCACUGAUGGCCUGGACACAUCUGUUGAUGACCUCUUGGUUGCCUCAGAGAAUCUCAAAAAAAGUGGAGUCCAUGCACUGAUUCCAGUAGCUCUGGAAGGAGUCAAAAGCACCAAAGACCUCCAGAAGCUGGAGUUUGGACGAGGAUUUGGUGACAGUGAGCCUCUUAUGAUUGGCAUGCAAAAUGUGGCCAGUGCUCUGCAGAAGCAGACUGAUGCUGUGGCCUCACGAGAGUGUUGUAAUGUGAUGUGUAAAUGUACAGGUCAUGAAGGGAUGAGAGGACUGCGAGGACCUCCAGGGACAAAGGGCUCUCCUGGACGGAAAGGACAUCCUGGAUUUCCUGGAGAAGAAGGAGGAAGUGGAGAGAGGGGACCACCAGGUCUGAAUGGAAUCCCAGGACAUCCAGGCUGUCCUGGGAGAAGAGGUCUAAAGGGUAACAGAGGCUACAGGGGUGAUCUAGGAGACGAUGGAGAACAUGGUUUGGAUGGACUAAAUGGAGAACAUGGUGUGACUGGAUUAGGAGGAUACCCAGGAGAGCCAGGAGAGCCAGGCAGUCCAGGCAAGAAGGGUGUCAGAGGAAUUCCAGGUGUUCCAGGACAAAAAGGACUGAGAGGUGAUCCGGGUGAGUCAGGCAUUGACAGCAAUGUCCGUGGUCCUAAGGGUGAAAUUGGAAACCCAGGCCAACAGGGAGAGCCAGGACCAGAUGGAAGCCCAGGCAGCCCUGGAGAUACUGGCAGAACUGGUCAGAAAGGAAGAAGAGGUGUUCCAGGUCCAGAAGGUGCAAGAGGAUCUAUGGGAGAACAAGGAUCAAAUGGAGCCCUUGGACCGCCAGGGCCACAGGGGCCAGUGGGCCCUUCUGGUGCUCCAGGACAUAAAGGAUUACUUGGUUUUCCAGGAUCUCAGGGACCACCUGGUGCACAAGGAAUCAUAGGAUCUAAAGGAAGUGUAGGGCCCAGGGGACAAAAGGGUCAGCCAGGGGAAUCUGGAAGUCAAGGAGUAGCUGGGCCACCAGGCCCCAGGGGCCAUCCGGGAAAUGAUGGUCCAGAUGGACAUGGGUUACAAGGACCUAAAGGACAGAAGGGAGAUCCUGGUUUUCCAGGAUAUCCUGGAUUACAGGGUGAAAAUGGAGAUUUUGGGCGCAAAGGAGAUAAUGGUCCUAAAGGCCGAAGAGGAAGAGGGGGAAAUGCAGGCAGGACAGGAGCACCAGGUAAUCCUGGUGAUGUUGGACCAGCUGGACACAAGGGCCCUAAAGGACCACCAGGAACCAGAGCAAUGUCUCCUUGUCAACUGAUCAGCUAUAUACAAGACAACUGUGAUAAAGCAGCUUGCCCUGUCUACCCCACUGAACUGGUGAUUGGUUUGGACAUGUCUGAUGAUGUGGAUCCUCCAUUAUUUGAGAGAAUGCGCUCAACUCUGCUUUCUUUGCUGGACAGCAUCGAUAUCGCUGAAAGCAACUGUCCCACAGGGACACGAGUGUCUGUGGUUUCUUACAAUUCUAACACCAAGUACCUCAUCCGUUUUUCUGACCAUCGUCAUAAGAAGGACUUGGUGGAAGCUGUGAAAAAUAUCCCUCGGGAACGUACAUCCAACAGACGCAACAUUGGUGCAGCCAUGCGCUUUGUGGGUAGAAAUGUCUUCAAACGUAUUCGUCAGGGUGUUCUGAUAAGGAAGGUGGCGAUCUUCCUCUCUGGCGGACUGUCCGAGGAUGUAACAUCCAUAACUACGGCUGUUCUAGAAUACAAAGCUCUGGAUAUAAACCUUGGCGUUAUUGGUUUUAAGAACACUCCUAAUGUUCAGCGUGCUUUUGAGGUGGAUGAGAGCAAAAGCUUUAUUAAUGUGCUCGAGAGCUCAGAGACCCAGAAUGUAGCACUUAAGAAGAUCCAGCAAUGUGUCAUCUGCUUUGAUCCUUGUAAUCCAGCUACAAAUUGUCCUGGCACCAGUGAGGUGUCCUCUCCAGAGCAGGUAGAUGUGGACCUGGCGUUGCUGGUGGAUGGUUCCCAGAGCAUCCAGGCAGAUCAGUAUGAGGGAGUGAAGCAGGUAUUGGGUACUGUGUUGGACCAGCUUGUCGUGAGUGAUCAGCCCAGCAAAGCUGACAGACAGGCGCGAGUGGCGCUUUACCAGCAGAGCUCAUCGUACAGCGAGGCCCAGGCUCCAGUCAAGCAGAUCUUUACUUUCCAGCAGUUUCAACACCGCAAUCUGAUGAAGCAGAGCAUCUUCAAAAAUCUACAGCAGACUGGCGGCUACUCCAGGCUGGGUCACGCCAUGGAAUUCGUAAUCAUGCAGGGCCUUCUCACUGUUUCCAAGCCUCGAAAAAACAAGAUGGUGCUGCUGAUAGUUGGAGGAGAGACAGAAUAUUCUGAUAGAGAAAAACUGGACUUCAUCUCCAUGAAAGCAAAGUGUCAGGGUGUGGUGCUUUUCACUCUUACAGUCGGGGAUCAUUUCAAGAGCACUCAGGUGGAGCAGCUUGCCAGCUUUCCCACAGAGCAGCACGUAGUUCACUUGGGCCAUGUAAAGCAAGGAGAGCAGGAGUACUCUCGACGUUUUAUAAGGACUUUCCUACAUGUUCUAAGACGAGGAAUGAAUACCUACCCUGAGCCAUUGCUCAAACAACAGUGUGAGACUCUUCAGCAACGUCAAGGUCGUGUCACUGAUUUCUUUGUGGCGGCUCAGAGACCACCCAUUCACAGAUUUCCUUUCACAACAAUCAAUUACUCUGAGGAUACAGAGAAAGAAGUGGAAGAGAAGGAAGACACAGAAUAUGCUCAACAGACAGGGACACAAAUAGAGACUGAUUAUAGGCACCUGCUGACCACAGGACCUGGAGAGCCAAAUGAUGUGUGCGCCCUGAAAAAAGAUGAUGGGCCCUGUGGAAAUUAUGUACUCAAAUGGUUCUACAAUCAAGAACAGAAUCAGUGCUCUCUGUUCUGGUAUGGAGGAUGUGAUGGGAACCUUAACAGAUUUGACAGUCAGAAGGACUGUGAAGCCCGCUGUGUGGAGUUUCCUAGUGUACACUGACUUUUUCAAAUACUGAUAUGAACAGCAAUUUACUCUCUCAUUUUUUUGCAGUGUUUUAUAUGAAAUAGUGUCACAGUAGUAUAUGAACAAUAUUUGUAUGUUCAUUUUGGCCUAAAUAACCUGCACAGGUUAAAUCACAGGUAAUAGCAUUUAAAUAUUCCAUAUUCUCCUGACAGUGGCAUUUUCAUAGUUGCUGCUAAACAAAUGCUGUACACUAUGCUUGUGUAGCUUUAUAAAUGAAAUGUGACUCACUAGUUAAUAUUUCAGUUCAUCAUGAAAGAAAAUGAAAAUGGCAUUGAAGGUGCUCAUAUUUUAAUGAGUAUGAAUUAUAUGGUACCUUAUUAACUUCUGUGUAGUUACCAUUUUAAUUUUCUGUUUGAUAUAAGUUGCACAAUGGACACAUUUUACAUAUUGUAAAGCAUAUUUACUGCCCAUCUUUAUAUCAUAAUACCGAUAACCAGAAUCGGCAGCUCUAAUGAGUAUUAUGCACCUACAUUAAAAUUGCUGACUGCUCUGAUUAGAAUUUAUGAGUGUUCUCACUUCCAGACAUUCAAUAUAUUGUACUCAUAAUCUUUGACUUGUCUAGAAAGUGGCAAUAGCAGUUAACAGAGUUAAGGAAUAGUCUCCCUUUGUCACCACAUGUCUCACCUCCAAUGUCAUUUGGAACAUUAAUGCACUCAUUCAUUCAUCAGUAACUGCUUUAUCCUGAUCAGGGUUGUGGUGCAAGGUGAGAAUACUCUCUGGAAGGUAUACCAACCAGACACUGCACACAUGCAGAACCUCAACUCAAUAGGUGGAUUGGCUACAGUAAAACUGCCCCUUCGUAUGAAUAAGUAUGUGAGUGUGUCUGUGCUUAAGGAUCUGAAAUAGGCUGGUGUCCCAUUUAGGGUAUGUUUCCACCUUGCGCCUAGUGUUCCUGUUAUAUAUAGGCUCUGGAUCAACCACAACAGUGACCAGGAUAAAGCAGCUACAAAGAUAAAUGAAUGAGUGAAUGAAUGUUAAUUGCCUGCAUAACAGUUGUAAUGGCAUUCAUAUGAUAAUUAAAGUAAAGAGAUUGUUA